CAAGCCCUCGCAGCUCACUUGCACGUACACGAACAAACAGCGAAUCGGGGGUAUAGCACACGCUCUUCUUCUUCCUCCGUUCUUUUCCCUUUUCAUCUCUUCUCCACUCAUUCCUCAUUCCUCUUCUCCACUCUCCACUCUCCCAUCGAUCUUCAUCCCUCAAGAUGUUCUCAGCCCUCCGCCCUCGUCUCGCUUCCGUCGUUGCCAAGCCUGCCGUCCUCAACGCGGUUCGUCCCAGGUAAGGAGCCAGGAUGCCUUCCUUCAACGCCAUCACCGAUCGAAACAUCAUAUCACCGACCUUAGGACAACUCAGGAACACGAUAGCCUUUACUGCCAUCAAAUGGAGAUUCAUUUUAAGAUUCUUCUCUCAGGCUGCCGUUGCCCGUAACAACAUUGCUUCCCUCCACACCCUGACCGAGGAUGAGGAACUCUUGAAGGAGUCCGUCGCUCGCUUUGCUCAGGAGCAGGUUCUCCCCAAGGUCUCUCAGAUGGACGAGGCCGAGCAGGUGGACAAGGAUGUCCUUAAGGGCUUAUUCGAGCAGGGUUUGAUGGGUAUUGAGACUGAUUCUAAGUAUGACGGAUCCGAGUCCUCGUUCAUGUCUGCCAUCUUGACCAUCGAGGAGCUUGCCAAGGUCGAUCCCUCCAUCUCUGUCCUUUGCGAUGUCCAGAACACCCUUGUCAACACUCUGUUCCGCAAAUACGCCUCAGAGGACAUCAAGCAGCGCUACUUGCCCCGCCUCGCCACUGACACCGUCGGCUGCUUCUGCUUGUCCGAGGCUGGCUCCGGCUCGGAUGCCUUUGCUCUCCAGACCCGCGCUGUUAAGGAUGGCGACAACUAUAUCCUCAACGGCACCAAGAUGUGGAUUACCAACUCUGGCGAGGCCGAAAUCUUCUUGGUCUUUGCCAACGUCGCUCCCGAGAAGGGCUACAAGGGUAUCACCUGCUUCGUUGUCGAUAAGAACAUGGGUGUCAAGGUCAACAAGAAGGAGUCUAAGCUCGGUAUCCGCGCCUCCUCGACCUGCACCUUGAACUUUGACGACAUCGUUGUUCCUGCCAGCAAUGUCUUGGGAGAGGUCGGAAAGGGCUACAAGUACGCCAUUGAGAUCUUGAACGAGGGUCGCAUCGGCAUUGCCGCUCAGAUGUUGGGUCUUGCCCAGGGCGCUUUCGAUGUCACGAUGCCCUACCUCUUCCAGCGUAAGCAGUUCGGUAGCUUCAUUGGCUCCUUCCAGGGCAUGCAGCAGCAGUACGCCCAGAUCGCUGUCGAAAUUGAGGCCGCCCGUCUCUUGACCUACAACGCUGCCCGUCUGAAGGAGCAGGGCAAGCCCUUCGUCAAGGAGGCUGCCAUGGCCAAGCUCUAUGCCUCUCAGGUUGCCGAGCGCACCGCCUCCCGCUGCGUCGAGUGGGCUGGUGGAAUCGGUUUCACCCGCGACUUCCCCGUCGAGAAGUUCUACCGUGAUUGCAAGAUUGGUGCCAUCUACGAGGGAACCAGCAACAUUCAGCUCCAGACCAUCGCCAAGAUCCUUGAGAAGCAGUACUCUUCUUAAGCGAAGCAAGGCCGCCAUCUUAGUAUCAUAUCUACUCCUUAUUGUCCCUCUCAUCACUCGUCCGUUUCUGUUAGAAAAUAAAACGAAAACGUUUUUGUAUAUAUCUACC